ACUGCUCUAUUAGAAAUACUAACAUAUGAUGUAUAUCAACAGAUACUAAUAACAAUAAAAAUGGAACAGCUACAGACUGCACUGACUUCAAUUAAGGUACUACGCUCAAGUGUUGGCCAAGUCUUUGAUUCUUUAGGAAAUGGACUACGUGCUGAUCAUGGGGAAGAAAAUAAAGAAAAUAAGUAUUUGCUUGAAUUGCAAGAACUUUUAACAACAGUCAAUGUUAACCUAAGAGAUGUUGAGCAAGCUGUAAGCAGUUUAAAUCCACCACCAGGACCAUUUAAUUUAGCAAGUACUACAUAUCUUAGCCAAGAAACAACACAAGAAAGACAAGCAUUGUAUAGUACAUUAGUAAAUAGUUACAAGUGGACAGACAAAGUUCAUGAAUAUAGCAAUGUUGCUCAAGUAAUACUUAGCCAGAAUUCUCUGAAAAGAUCUUAUAAUACUACUAGCAGAGUAAAAAGAGGUCGAAUCCAAACGAGCAAUCAUAAUGUUCCUCAACAACAAGUUGAUUCAUUAAUAGCCACAUUUGAUAGACUCUUUAAUGAUAUGACAGUAUCUGUAUCUCGACCAUUUGCAUCAAAUGUAGUAUUACAUGUUACCCUAGGACAUGUUUUAAAAGGAGUCAUAGCUUUUAAAGGUUUAAUGAUUGAAUGGGUAGUAGUUAAAGGUUAUGGAGAAACUAUGGAUUUAUGGACAGAGUCCAGACACAAGGUUUUUAGAAAAGUAACAGAAAAUGCUCACGCUGCUAUGUUACAUUUUUAUUCUCCUACAUUACCUGAAUUAGCUGUCCGAUCAUUUAUGACUUGGUUCCAUAGUUUAAAUAAUUUAUUUAGUGAUCCAUGUAAACGUUGUGGUUUACAUUUACACAGUGCUUUACCUCCAACAUGGAGAGAUUUUCGAACAUUGGAAUCCUAUCAUCAAGAAUGUAAACCAUAAGUAUUCACAACAAAAUUUCAAAUUCUAAAACUGAUAUUAUAUAUAAUAUACUUUUGUUCUUUUAUAA